AAUAGAACAAUCACCAUCGGCAGGGACACCAUGGAAGGUACACCAAAGUUGCAGCAGCUACCAUCCUUUCUCCUCAUCCUUUUCUUCGCCGUCUACGUACUCCCCUUCUCCGCCUCCACCGCGGCCGGCGCUACCACAGCCACCACAAUCCGCGUCCAGAUCAAACUCAUACAUGGAGAUGCCCACAGGAAUCUAACCUACCAACAGCACUUAGAUGCGGGACUACGCCGAACUCAAGAUCGAGCCAUGCAUUUGUUGAACCAGACCAUGAAAGUGCAACCUGAUCAUCGGAAGUCAUCACCACCCAGCCAGAAAACGAGCACCGUGCAAUCGAAAAUACAAGGCUAUCAUGGAGAAUACAUUAUGAGGCUUGCAGUCGGAACUCCACCAACCUCCUUCUUCGCCGAUAUUGAUACAGGCAGUCCGCUUACAUGGGCUAAGUGUCCCCAGCUAGAAGAUCCACUUUUUGAUCCUAAAAGCUCAUCCUCAUAUUCCAAAGUUCCAUGCUCAAACCCACUCUGCAACAUCACUGGUGCGAUCUCCAUUUGUGAUGAUGAUGAUCAAUCCUGUGACUACGGAGUCAUGUAUGGGGACGGAUCACUUGCCCUGGGAACUCUCAGUUGGGAGACUUUCCACUUGGGCCCCCUGACAGUUAAGAACGUCGCGUUUGGCUGCAGCUUUUUCGUUGGUGGUUUUGAUCACAUGCAACCUGCAAUAGUUGCGUUCAAUAGAGGGCCCUUGUCGCUCAUCUCUCAAUUGGGCCCAUUGAUUGGUCACCAGUUCUCCUACUGCUUGGGUGGGUUUGAGGCCUCUGACCAAAGCAAGCUCACACUUGGACCUAGCAGCGACUCCAUCCGAUCCAACGCCACAAUAAGUGUACCGUUGCUGGUAAAUCCUUCGAAUCCAGACCAAUAUUUUGUGGCCUUGCAAGGCAUCAGUGUCGGCGGGAAACGCCUCCCCAUCCCUGAAUCUGCAUUCCAAUUUGGUCCUAAUGGAAAUGGUGGUGUCGUUGUUGAUUCAGGCACAACUAUUAUGACCCUUGUUCCAAAGGCAUACAGUCAUGUAAAGGAAGCGUUCGUCAAGGGACUUGGUCAGCUGACUCAGGUGCCACAUCUUAAUGACACCUUGCAAUUUGAUGCCUGCUUUCAUGGCGUUCCCAACUCAAAUUCCAUCCCAACUUUCACACUUCACUUUGACGGCGGUGACCUGCAAGUGCCCAUUGAAAACUACAUUCUACGCGAUGAGGAAAUGCAAAAGUCUUGCUUAGCCAUUAUUCCAUCACCAACUCCUGCGAACAUUAUUGGAGCCACCACUAUGCAGAACUUCCAUGUCAAUUUUGAUCUUGGGGCGAACACGAUCACCUUCACACGCGUGCAGUGCAGUAAAUUGUGAAGCCGCCAUCCAUGGCCUUUUUUCUUUUCUUCUAGUGCUUUUAAACAUAACAGAGAUAUUUAAGAGAUGCAAUCGGUUUUGCUUUCUUCUCCUUGCUGCUCUAUGGCAUGCCAAUGGCGAUGAAUUGUGCCAUAUUAAAUGUUACAAGUAUAACAUUUAAAAAAAUGUCAUCCCCAUCACUUCUUAUUCUAUUCUACAUUGAAUUUUGGAGCCUGAUAA